AUGGGACGACAUAGCAAAAUCCGUACCCUCGUGUGUUGCAAUGGGAGUUGGAUCCACACCAACCCUCGCUCCAUUCCCACAGCCGCCGACCUCGUCAUCAUCGCCGCCGUGGAUCUGAUCGAGCACGAGGACAAGCCCCAUGGCGAAGGCGCCGUCGAAGCCCGGCCUCAGGCUGAGCACGAAGACGUCCUUCCCGAGCACAACGUUGGUGGUGGCGUCGACUUUGCGGCGGAUCUCGGCCACGGCCUCCUUGUCGGCGUUGAGGAUGCUGCAAUUCCGGCAGGCGAAGGAGCCCUCGAUCUGGUACUCCUCGCCAGGGCUGUACACUUCCACAGUCAUGCUCGACCGCCCGAUGAUCGACGACCGCCGGACGCUGAAGAGAGGCUUCUUCCCCUCCGCCCCCUCGCCGACGAAGCCUUCCCACCGCUGGUGGAGGCUCGGCCUCUGAGUCGCUACCUUGCGGCGGACGGUAAGGAUGCACCUGCCGGAGGCGUCCAUGAGAACGAGUUCGCUCGAGUCGCCGGCGUCGGGGCCGCGGUGAAGCCGUCGCCGGCGAAGAAGAGUGAAGUCUUGAGCACGGUGAGAUGCGUCUCCUCCUCGUACACGUAUGCUUCCUCCACAAUCGCCAUGAAUUUCCGAUUUAAGGUUAAUAUUUGUUGA